AAGCCCCGCCCCCUUUUGCCAGGCGCUAGCCCCACUUCCGGCCAUCUCAGGCCUUUUCCGCCAGUGCUGUGCCGGCUUUAUCUCUGCCCUGUAGGUCGUUCCCGGCCCCAGGCCCCGGUCUCUCGCGCCCUUCCCUCGCUCCCAGCGGCUCGUCGCUCAUCGCGAAUCUCUCCGUGGCCCGGAGCGACUCCCGUGCGUCUUCGCGGGCGGCCCGGACUGAGGCCUGCCGCUCGUGGUGAGUCCGCGCAGACGUGACCCCGAGUCUCCCCGCAGCUCGGUUGAGGCCGCCUCCGUCGCCUCGGGAUGCCGGGGCCGGGGUCCGCGCAGCGCUGGGCGGCCGCCGCGGGCCGUUGGAGCUGCAGGCUGCUCGCGCUGCUGCUGCUGGUGCCGGGGCCCGGCGGCGCCUCCGAGAUCACCUUCGAGCUGCCGGACAAUGCCAAGCAGUGUUUCUACGAGGACAUCACGCAGGGCACCAAGUGCACCCUCGAGUUCCAGGUGAUUACUGGUGGACACUAUGAUGUAGACUGUCGAUUAGAAGAUCCUGAUGGUAACGUGUUAUACAAAGAGAUGAAGAAACAGUAUGAUAGUUUUACCUUCACCGCCUCCAAAAACGGGACAUACAAGUUUUGUUUCAGCAAUGAAUUUUCCACGUUCACACACAAAACCGUGUAUUUUGAUUUUCAAGUUGGAGAAGACCCGCCUUUGUUUCCUAGUGAGAACCGAGUCAGUGCUCUUACCCAGAUGGAAUCUGCCUGUGUUUCAAUUCACGAAGCUCUAAAGUCUGUCAUCGACUAUCAGACUCAUUUCCGCUUGAGAGAAGCCCAAGGCCGAAGCCGAGCAGAAGAUCUAAAUACGAGAGUGGCCUAUUGGUCAGUAGGAGAAGCCCUCAUUCUUCUGGUGGUUAGCAUAGGGCAGGUAUUUCUUCUGAAAAGCUUUUUCUCAGAUAAAAGAACCACCACAACUCGUGUUGGAUCGUAACUACGUUUUGAGAAUUGCUGCACCAUUGCCACCAUUAAUAUUGCUGUCCUCUGGUUAAUUUUAGGUACCGAAGAACUUACUAUUGGCAACAUUUUUAAACCUUACUCAUACACUUGUUGGGGGGGAUUUACAGCACAUAUCCCCAAACUGUGGAAAGGACACCUUUUUUAAUUUGUAAAGGUAGACAAAACUUCGGAACUUAUUUUGGGCUAUUCAUGUUCAAUAUUCAGCACCAGUGAUCUUUUCUUGGUUGUUUAUAUCUUCGCAUACUAAACUUUGGUAUUUUGAUUCCUUUUAGCCAUUUAAAAGUACUUUUCUUAUAGGUAGUGGAUAUUUUAAAAACCUUCCAUUUAAUGUCUGUGUGUUGUGGAGGAAGAGAAUUGCCUUUUAAUUGUUUAUAGUAAAGUUUUGUUUUCCAGAAAACCAAAUGUGAUUCACUGUACCAGGCCCUAGUCUGCACCGUUUAAUUUGAGCAUGGGGGAGCCACCCUGGAAAUGCUAGUUAAUAUUGAUAUAAUUUUAAAUCGAUGGAUCAUGGUAUAAUUUAUUUCUUACUAGCUUGGAAACGGUCAGUCUUUUGUUUUUUGUCUCCAUUCUGUGAUUUUUAAGCCGAUACGUUCUUUUUUCCACGAAGACGUUCUCACCACAGAGAAAAAAGUAGGUUUCAGCAACGUAACAGCAUUUAUACAGGCCUUAAAAAUCAGUCUGUUAAAACAAGUAGAAUAAUUACAGAAUAACUUAAGAUCCUACAUCGGGAGGCAAAUGAAAUGAGAAAAGUUUUAGUGAGUUGUCUGCACAUAUUACAUUUUCAGUGCUUUUACAGAGAAAAAAGUUCAUCUGUUUUACUUUAACAUUUUGAUGGGCUGGUUCUUGCCCUAAUGUGGCUUCACUGUCUGAGUCAUUCCCGGCUUAAAUUGACCGCUGUAAGACUCACAUUGUAAAAGUGCCAUAUCCUGAGGGGGGUGCUGCACUGAGAAGUUGGUUUCUUUGGAUUUUAUCCUUUCUUUUGUGUGUGUGUUUUGGUUUUGGUUUGUUUUUUGUCUUGCACAUGUAAUUUGUACAUUUCUGGUCAGUGACCCGAAGAUGAUCUAAAACUUCAGAAUGCCGUGUGUUUCUUAUUUGAUAAUCUUCAUCAGUUGUACUGCAUUUAAUGAAUAUUAAACAGCGCAUAUCCUGUA